AUGUCGUCUAUGCGAGGAUUGGUCCAGUUUAUCGCUGACUUGCGCAAUGCGAGAGCGCGGGAACUCGAAGAGAAGCGGGUGAACAAAGAAUUGGCAAAUAUCCGACAGAAGUUCAAGAGCGGUAGUCUCAACGGCUACCAGAAGAAGAAAUAUGUCUGCAAGCUGCUCUACGUGUACAUUCAGGGGUACGAUGUCGAUUUCGGGCACUUGGAGGCCGUCAACCUCAUCUCGUCGAGCAAAUACUCGGAGAAGCAGAUCGGCUAUCUGGCUGUCACCCUGUUCCUGCAUGAACAACACGAGCUGCUGCACCUGGUUGUGAACAGCAUCCGCAAGGACCUACUGGACUAUAAUGAGUUGAAUAAUUGUUUAGCGUUGCAUGCGGUCGCCAACGUCGGUGGCAGAGAAAUGGGAGAGGCCCUGGCAACGGAUGUGCACCGGUUACUGAUCUCGCCGACCUCCAAGGCGUUUGUUAAGAAGAAGGCCGCUUUGACCCUCCUCCGACUAUACCGCAAAUACCCCGGGAUUGUACAGAACGAAUGGGCCGAGCGCAUAAUCUCGUUGAUGGACGACCCGGACAUGGGUGUCACUUUGUCAGUAACGUCGCUCGUCAUGGCAUUGGCACAGGAUAUGCCCGACGAGUACCGCGGAAGCGCCGUGAAAGCUGCUCUACGUCUGAAGAAGGUCGUGGUGGAUAAUGACGUUGCGCCUGAUUAUCUCUACUACCGCGUGCCAUGCCCGUGGAUCCAGGUCAAAUUCCUGCGCUUGCUACAAUACUACCCGCCAUCGGAUGACAGCCAUGUUCGUGAAAUUAUUCGUGAAUCUCUGCAACAGAUCAUGCAUGUAGCCAUGGACACUCCGAAAAACGUGCAACAAAACAAUGCGCAAAAUGCAGUGCUCUUCGAAGCUAUCAAUCUGCUGAUUCACCUCGACACUGAGCACGGCCUUAUGAUGCAGAUCUCGACUCGCUUAGGAAAAUACAUCCAGUCUAGGGAAACUAACGUGCGGUAUCUGGGCUUGGAAGCCAUGACCCAUUUCGCCGCCCGGGCGGAAACCCUGGAUCCCAUCAAGAAGCAUCAGAACAUCAUUUUGGGGUCCCUGCGGGACCGGGACAUUAGUGUGCGACGCAAGGGUUUGGAUCUGAUUUACAGCAUGUGCGACACCACGAACGCGGGCCCGAUUGUGAAUGAGCUGUUACGCUACCUACAGACGGCCGAUUAUGCCAUCCGGGAGGAAAUGGUCCUCAAGGUUGCCAUUCUUACAGAGAAGUACGCAACCGAUGCGCAGUGGUACAUUGACAUGACCUUGAAACUUCUGUCUCUCGCAGGAGAUCAUGUCAACGAUGAAGUGUGGCAACGUGUUAUCCAGAUCGUGACAAACAACGAAGAGUUGCAGGCGUACGCGGCACUGACCCUGCUCAAUUACAUGAAGACGGAAUGCCAUGAGAGUCUAGUGAAAAUCGGAUGCUACGUCCUAGGCGAGUUCGGCCAUCUCAUUGCCGAUAACCAGGGGUCAAGCCCCAUCGAGCAGUUUUUGGCCUUGCAGGCGAAGAUGAUCACCAGCACCGACAACACGCGCGCAAUGAUCCUGUCGUCCUUUGUCAAAUUCGUCAACCUCUUCCCCGAGAUUAAACCGCAGCUCCUGCACAUAUUCCGUCUGUACAGUCAUUCCCCGGAUUCCGAGUUGCAGCAGCGUGCUUUCGAAUAUCUGUCGCUCGCGACGCUCCCCACCGACGAUCUUCUUCGGACGGUCUGUGAUGAGAUGCCGCCUUUCUCUGAGAGGGCCUCGAUCCUCCUGUCUCGCCUCCACCAGAGGACAGCCGGUACCAGCGACAAGAAGACUUGGGUUGUGGGUGGCAAGGACGCCAAUAUCGAUAAGAAGGAGGUCCUCAUGGCGCAGAACACGGGACUCAAGCGAUCCUUCACCACGAUCGUCAACGGCAACAAGACCGGAGCGAAUGGAAUGACUCCCACGGGGGCCUCGAGCGCGUCAGGUGACCUAGCGGGACUGGACCUCAGCGUUCCCUCAGCGCCGGCCCCCAAUAUGGCCAGCGCGGCACAUCUCACACCCGACUGGCACAUCGGGUACAACCGGUUGUACUUUGGAGAGGAGGGGGUGCUCUUCGAGGAUGCCCAGAUCCAGGUUGGGAUGCGGUCGGAGUAUCGUGGCCACUUGGGUGUGGUGAAGAUCUACCUGACCAACAAGGCAACAUUCCCACUCGGCUCGCUGACAACGACCCUGGACAAUAAGUCCGCGCCGAACCUGAAGUCGGACAGCAAGAGCAUCCCAGAGCCUUCGGUGCCGGCAUCGGGCCAAACGCAGCAGACCUUCUUCUUCGAGUCUCGGGGUCCCUUCUUCGAUGCGCCCACGAUCCGGAUCUCCUACCUGGCCGGUGCGCUGCAGGCUUACACCUUGCAGCUUCCGGUGCUGAUGCACCGGUACAUGGAGCCGUCGACGCUGCCUACGGAUGAGUUCUUCAAGCGAUGGAGGCAGAUCGGCGGGGGGCCGCUGGAGGCGCAGAGCACGUUCGGGGCCACUGCGAAAGCGAAGGACGUUGACGUGACAUUCACGCGAUGGCUUGUGCAGAGUCUCCGGUGGAAGAUCCUGGAUGGCGUGGACCCGAAUCCGGUCAAUAUUGUCGGAUGUGCGGUGUUCCAGUUCGCCGAUGGCAAAACGGGGUGUCUCCUGCGGUUGGAGCCCAAUUACGAGAAGCGGAUGUAUCGGGUGACCAUUCGGGCAACCAAAGAACUCGUUCCCCAGGCGCUGGCCAAGCAGAUGGAGCAGAGACUGUCUCAGGGACGACUGCGCGAAGACGUGUACACAGUUUAA